AUGCUGCCGCCACAAGAGAUCAUCGACCUUGUGGAUGUACCACCCGAGCCAAACCUCUCUUUCUCCCCAGACCGCACUCAGGUGCUACAGCUCUAUCGGCCACCCCCGCUGCCCCCCAUCAGCGAGGUCGCGCGCCCAGAGCUCAAGCUUGCCGGCCUUAGGAUAGAUGCGGAAACAAAUUCUGGAAGCCGCAUGGGGUAUUACCUUGGGCUGUCCAUAGUGCAGAUGACGGACGAUCUGGUACUGCCGGCUCCCAAGGAGCGCACCACGCCCAUCGUUGGCUACCCGGAAGGCCUCUGGAUCAACCUGGUGUCCUGGUCACAGGAUGGCCGCCACAUCGCCUUCACAGUGCGCAGCCCUGGCGGCCCCAGUGAUCCACCCAGGCAGCCGCUGGAGCUGUGGGUGGCUGAGACAGCCACUGGCCAGGCACGCCGCCUGCUCAAGUCCCCGGAGCAGGGGCUCAGCAGCAUCUUUGACGACUACAUGUGGGUGGACAACGACACCAUUGGAGCGGUCGUGAUCCCUCCAGGGAGGGGGCCCCCGCCAGAGAAGCCGCUGGUGCCCAUCGGUCCCAACAUUCAGGACAACACCUCUGGCAAGACCAGCCAGGCGCGGACUUAUCCAGAUCUGCUGAAGAGCCCGCAUGACGAGGAGCUGCUGGAGCACUAUUGCCAGUCUAACCUUAUCUACAUCAAGGUGUCGACAGGGGAGGUGACUCAGCUGGGGGGCACGAAGCUAUACACAUCGUUCGCGCCGUCCCCGGAUGCCAGGUUCCUGCUGGUUGCCUGGCUGGAGCGCCCGUUCUCCUACACCGUUCCCUGCGGCCGCUUCCCCAAGCGCGUUCAGCUCUGGGACAGGUCGGGGAAGGUGCUGCGCGAGAUGGCGUACCUGCCGCUGGCGGAGGACAUCCCCAUCCUCUUCAACUCGUGCCGCCAGGGGCCGCGCUCCAUCGACUGGCGCUCCGACCGCGACGCCGAAAUCACCUGGAUCGAGGCCCAGGAUGGCGGCGACCCCAGCGUGGAGGUAUCGCCCCGGGACAUCAUGUACCGCCUGCCUGCUGACGAGAUCCUGGCUGACGCGGACGCAGCACCACAUCACCUUGCACAUACAGACCUUAGGUGCGGAGGGAUUGCCUGGGGAGACGACUCGCUGGCGCUGCUGUACGAGAGCUGGUACAAGACGCGCCGCAGCCGCGUGUGGACUAUUGCCCCGGGAGACCCGGCCCGGCCGCCGCAGCUGCUCUUUGACCGUGACUACGAGGACGCGUAUAUGGACCCGGGCUCUCCCGCAAACCGUAGGACAAAAAGGGGCACCUAUGUACUGGCGCAGGUCGAGGGCACCCGCCAGCUCAUCAUGCAAGGCACUGGCGCGUCGCCCGAGGGCAACCGCCCAUUUGUGGAGCUCUUGGAUGUGGACACGAAAGAGACGCGGCGGCUGUGGCAGAGCAGCCCACCCUUCCUUGAGUACACCAUGAACCUGCUCAACGACUGGGAUGACGCACCCAUCAGCCUGGAGGGGCUGAGCCUGCUGAUGACGCGGGAGACGGUGCGGGACACACCCCAGUAUUAUAUAAUGCGCCUGUCCAGCAAUGGCGCCGGGCCGCAGCUGCGGUGCCUGUCGGACUACCCGCACCCCUACCCCUCCCUCAAAGACCUCCAAAAGGAGGUCAUCAGGUACAAGAGGGAAGAUGGGCUGGACCUGACGGCAACGCUGUAUCUGCCGCCCGGCUAUGACAAGGAGCGCGACGGGCGGCUGCCCUGCAUCCUCUGGGCCUACCCCCGCGAAUUUAAAACCAAGGAUGCUGCAGGUCAGAUGCGCAAGAGCCCGCACCAAUUCAGCGGCAUCGGGUCGCAGUCGCCGCUGCUGUGGUUGGUGCGAGGGUACGCCGUCCUAGACGGGCCCACCAUGCCAAUAGUGGCAGAGACCGACGACGCCGAGCCGAAUGACACCUACGUGCCCCAAUUAGUCGCCAGCGCCAAGGCGGCCGUGGAGGAAGCGGACAGGAGAGGCGUGGUGGACACUUCGCGCAUCGCAGUGGGCGGCCACUCCUACGGCGCCUUCAUGGCAGCCAACCUCCUGGCGCAUGCUCCGGAGCUGUUUGCGUGUGGCAUAGCGAAGAGCGGCGCGUACAACCGCACGCUGACGCCGUUCGGGUUCCAGGCCGAGGAGCGCACCAUCUGGCAGGCGCCCGACGUCUACGCCGCCAUGUCACCCUUCCUGCAGGCAGACAAGGUGAAGCGGCCGCUGCUGCUGGUCCACGGCGAGGAUGACAACAAUACAGGCACCUUCCCCAUGCAGUCCGAGCGCUUCUACUCCGCUCUCAAGGGCCACGGCGCGACCACGCGGCUGGUGCUGCUCCCUCACGAGAGCCACGGCUAUUCGGCGCGCGAGUCAGUCAUGCACGUGCUAGCAGAGAUGGACGGCUGGCUGCGGCGGUACUGCGAAGCACCCGAAACCCCCCAAUCAAAGAUGUAG